GAAAAACGCGAGACCCUUUCUGCUCUCCACUCCACAACAUCCAUCCUCGUUUUAUGUUUUGCUCCUUUAUUCUGCUCGUUCACUUUUGGCAAGGCUUUCAUUCUGCACCAUUAUUCAAGCAGGCUUCUUUUACACUGUACAAUGAAUCCCAACUCGCCAGAAUUACGGCCACAGGCGCGCCCGCCAAACCUGUAUGUGAUUCGGCGGCGGUUAACAGCAGCAACAGCACCAUCACCACCGCGCAGCCCAUCGUCAUAUCAGAUAGUCCAGCGGAUGCGCGCGCGGCUCCGGCAGGCACGCGCAGCAAUCGAGCGCGACAUAGGGUGCUCGCUGUCAGCCAUCAUUCCCAACGCCAACCACCAAUUACAACACGCAAAGGCUCGUGACAGAACUUUUUUGCUUCCGCUUGUCCAUGCUGAGUCUCUCGAGAUGCAUUGCCCAAGACGGAUGUUUCGGUCGCGUUUGAUGAGUGGGCGUUCUCACUCCUACUCACAAGGCAGCCAUUCAGGAAUGUACAGUGAGGCUCUGCUUGGAGAUGACACAACGCGUGGUCACAGUAGCACAUUGCAGCAAGGCAGUGCAGUGGACUUGCCAACUGUUCCUGAACAAAAUAGGGUUUGCGAGUUAUAUCAUUCAGUGAAUUCCACAGCGCAACACCAGCUUGUCACUCCACUGUCGCCGCAGCUACUGCCGCGCACCUCGCCAACGCAGUCUCGAGACAGCAAAGAUGAUGAAGGUAGCGAUAGCGAUAACGAGGUCGCGCGCACGAUUCUCAUGCUAGCAACACCGCCCGCGAUACGCGCCUUGGCGCUUUCAAAAUCGCCUUAUCAGCGUCCGAUACAGAUGGAAUCACAUCCAGCGCCCCCGAAUCGGCGGCUGAGCUUUUCGCGCUGCAUCGACGCAAACCCAGCCAAGCGACUGCGGCAUGGUGCUUAUGAUGAUGACUUUGCAUACAAUAUGCAUUUACAAAAGGCAGCGUUGUCUGUAACGCCGAAUCUCAGCCAAAUGACAGCACGGCCACAGUGUUCCACAGCAACAGCAGGGCCAAUGCCUAAGCAGCACCCGCUUGGCGCUGUUGGACGGUGGACCCAGCCGGCAGCGGCGGCGCCGCCGCCUGAACAGUAUAAAUAAAUGAGUUCACACCAUGUUCUGCCUAACGGCCCAGCCUGCUUUUGAUGGACGGAGUUUGCUUCGGGUUGGCCUUAAUCAAGUGAGCAAAGUGUACUAAAU